ACUGUAUAUGUUACAUGUAUAAUACAAUAUACCUAUAAAGACUUGUAUAAAGCGCUUCGCUUGCACACGUCAAUUUUUUUCUAAUCACGCCGUUUCCAAAUUGUACAUUCAUUUCUGAAGCAAUUUAUGUCCUAGUCUAAAUAUGUCCGUACAUCCAUUUUCCAUACCGCUUAUCCUACACGGGUGAGCCUAUCCCAGGGAAAUCAGGACACAAGGCGAGGGACACCCUGGGCACAAUUGUGCACAUGUUCACGUUGCUACCCAUUCACACACUACGGACAAUUUGGAAAUGUCAAUCGGUCUACGGUGCAUGUCUUUGUACUAGGGGAGGAAACCGGAGUACCCCGAGGAAAGCGCUCAUGCAUGGGCAGAACACGAAAACAGGGCGGAGGUGGAAUCGAACCCCCAAACGUGCCCCCCUGUAUAGAAAUCUAAAGAGAUAUAAAGAUGAAUACAUAAAGCCAGCAUGAUAUUAACAUGAAGCAUUACAUUAAAACAUUCCAAUCACUAGGCUGUAAUUAAAAGAUUGUGAAAUUGUACUGAAGUGCAUUUUUCAAAAUGAACGGACAACAAACGUGUGAUUUUUCAGUGAAACUGAACAGUGUUAUACAGUCUCGGACAGGAAGUGGUUAAUCUGGGGGCGUGGCCUGUGGGUGCUGCCGUCCAGCCGCAGCCGGCUGCAGGUGACGGGAGAUUUUACGCAGCAAUCCUCCACAACCAGGCGGGGCUGCGCUCACACUCAUCAGGCCUUCAAGCUACUAUUUGGGGUAAUAUUUUUCUGUUGGAACACUACGGCAAGAUUGCACUGACUUCACCUUCUGAGGGGAAAUCCAUCACGGCAGGAAAAGUCGCGUUCUAAUCCGUUUAAAAGAAGAGGGGGAUUAACUCGAUGCCUCAUUUUUGCUGAGAAUAAAUCGCUGCUGCAGGUCUUGGGCAUGGCGUGGCCCUGCAUCACCCGCGCCUGCUGCAUCAACCGCUUCUGGAGCGAGCUGGAUAAAGCGGACAUCGCCGUGCCGCUCGUUUUUACUAAGUACUCGGACGUGGCCGAGGUGCGGCACCUCCAUCCGCAACCGGGCCCGUUAGCGCAAUCCCAUCAUCCCAGCGCGGUCGCCAUAGAAACAGAGCCCGCCCACACCGCGCCACAAGAGUCGGCUGCAGCAUCAGCAUCUUCAUCAGCGCGCGGGUCGUCCGUCACGCGCCAGGACUUCAAAGCCUGGAGAGUCAAACCGGAACCGAGCUGCAAACCCAAAAACGAGUACCGCCCGUGCCAGACACCGUUCGAUAACGAGACGCAGUACCAGAAAGAUUAUAAACCGUGGCCCGUUCAGAAACGCGGAGAUCACCCAUGGAUCCCCAAAGGCGAGAGCAAGAGCCAAAAGCAGGAGCACCUGAGAGCCUCAGAACCGGACACGGGCGUGGAGAAGUGCGAGAUCGAGGAGAGAGUAAAAGAAAAAGAAGAUGCCAAGGAGGAGAAGAAGAAGCGCCCGGUGAAGAAAGAGGAGGAUGCUGAGACUGGAGAGAAGAAGAAAGAGCAGAGAGUGGGGUCCAGAGGAAGAUCAGCAGCAGAUGCUCUAAACAGGCAGAUCAAGCAGGAAGGAACUACCGGAAGCUCAUACAGUAUGGAGUUCAAGGCGUACACUGAUGUAAAGCCAGUGAAACCCAUCAAAGCCAAGUCACAGUACAAACUGUCAAUGGAGGAGAAGGCUAAUUUGGAGACGAGCUACAGUGCCACUUAUAAAGGAGAGCAGGCAAAGCCAGAAGCUACAGAUAACAAACUGCUGGACCGCCGCAGGAUACGCAGCCUAUACAAUGAUCCCAGCAUUAAAGAACCCAGCAAGCCAGAGAAGCCCAGUGUGUCCCACUCCAAACCCAAAAAGACGACAAGCCAUACAAGUAAAACAGCAAGUAAAUCUAAAGCAAGGCCGAACACUGGAACCCAACCUGCCAAGAAGAAAAGCUCUGUCAGCAAGCUGGAUUUAAAGCCAGAUGGAGGAGUCACCAAGAAAAGUAAAGAAAUGAUUAAUAGACUGGCUGAGGGAAAAGAAUAGAUGCAAUUCUGUGUGUGGAUUUGGGUGAAAGGGGUCUGCGCUCUUGCUACUAGAAGACUCACUUUUAUUUAAGCCCAAUUUCAGUCUUUUAGGCUUUUAAGUAUGGAUUGUGGAUUUGGAUUUGACAGCUUGCUUCGCCUUGAAUGUGGCAUCACUGCAUAAUCCAUAAUGAUCUCCAAUCUUUUCACACAAGCCUUAAGCUUUAUUGCAUGAAAUUUGCGAGCAAACACUGCUCAACCCUUACUAUAAAUAUGUGAUUAGAAAUGUAUCAUUAGAAAAUUGUAGUUAUCAUUGGGCUUUAAUCACAUAACAUUUUUACAAAUACUUAUUACACACCCCAACUGGAUUUAAAGACGUACACAUAAUAUGUACUGAUUAGAGGUAAUAAUGGAAUU